GGGGGGGGGGGGGGGGGCUUGGCUGCGGCCUCCCUCAGCAAGGGGAAGGGGAAGGGGAAGGAGCUGUGCUCACUGCUGCGGGUGUUGGGCAACGGGCCCGAGCGGGGGGGAGGCGCAGAGCCCCAGCCUGGGCCCCAAGUCAGGGCAGCGGAGGCAGGGGCACUGGUGUCGUCCUCCUCCUGCCCCCGGUGUUCACCAAACCCAGGUGUCUGGGGCCCCAACCCUGCUGCUGUCGCCCCCUCACCUGCAGCUACCCAGUCCCCCCAGCCCGCACCGCCCUCCCCAAGCUGGGGAAGGAACCCAGGCGCCUUAACCCUUUCCUCCCUGCGGGGGGGCGGGGGGGCCCAGCUGUGCUCUGCAGGCAGGAAGUGCCAGGCUGUGCUUGACGGUGGUGCUGGGCUGCCCCUUGGCUCAGCCACAGGCCCCCUGGCCCAGCUCACCGCGCGGCUCCACUCCUCCGGCACUGCGCACCCUGGUGACGGUCGCCCACGGGGGGGGCCCGAUGUCAUCAGUGGCAUGAUGGCGGCGGUGUUGGCCACAGGCAACAACACUACCGCUGUCAUCCCCCUCACGCAGCUGGAGGAUGCCGUGCUGGCAGGCGGCUACACACUGAUUUCUUUGCUGGCGCUGGCACUGAACGGGGCAGCGCUGCGUGUCUUCUGCAGCUCCGGUGCCUCCCUGCUCCAGCAGACACCCACCGCCCUGUACAUGGCACACCUGGCGGCCUGCGACCUGCUGCUGGCUGCCACGCUGCCCCUGCGCGUGGCCCACUACAGCUGGCGCCCGCGGCUGCUGCCUCAGCAGCUGUGCGAGCUGGCCGGCCUGGCUCUGCUGGUGCACAUGUACGGCAGCCUCUUCCUGCUGGCUGCCUUGAGUGGUGACCGCUGCGCCGCCGUCCUCUUCCCACUGCGGCCCCGCAUCUGCGCCCUGCGGCGCCACGCCAAGUACAUCUGCCUGGGUGCCUGGGUGCUGAGUGGUCUGGGGGCCGUGCCCACCUACGCCUGGCACCCGGCGGUGCCGCUACCCAGUGAGGCCAGCUGCUUCGACACGUACCCGCGCUACGUGACGCAGCCGGCCGUGGCGGCCGCCAUGGGACUGUGCUUCGUGGUGCCGCUGCUGGUGGUGGUGCUCAGCGCCUGGGGGCUGCUGCGGGCCGUGGGGCGCAGUGCGGGCGCCCGCUUGGCGCUGGAGCGGCCGGCCAAGGCCCGUAGGCUGGUGCUGGCCAGUGUGGCCAUCUUCCUGAUCUGCUUCCUGCCUUUCCACCUGGUGCUGUUGGGCUACCAGCUGCCUUGGCUGCCCCAGGUCAGCCUGGACCGUGCCUACCGCGGCGCCCUGCUGCUGGCCUGUGCCAAUGCCGCACUGGACCCGCUCACCUACUACUAUGCCAGCGACACCUUCCAGCAGGCCGUGCUCUGGGGGUGCUGCCGGGAGCGGACCCGCACCCCCCCUCCGCCCGACACCAUCGCCCUCAGGACUGUGGGCUCGCACCACGGCAGCUAGCAGGACCGGCAUCCCACGGCAACUCCCAAGGGCUCCAGCCUCCCAGGGGGCUGGGCCUUGUUGCUGUGGGCAGUGCAAUGGGGGGUGGGGGGUGUCUGUGCUGGUGCAGGGGUCUCAGGCCGGGCUUGCACUGGGAGGAGAGGGGGGCUCUUCCCCCACGUGAUGAUGUAGCAGGUGGGAGGGGGCCAUGGGGCCGGGCUCAUCUGUCGGAGCAGCAAAAGCAGCAAUAAAAGGGAUUUCGCAGCAAGAGUGCGCUGUGGUGUUGGGCCGGGCGGGGGCGCUGCGGGGCAGGGGGGCACAGAGCGGUUCUGAUGCAUCACGUGACUAGCCCCGCCC